UCUCAAUAGAGGGUAUGAACGGGUCGUCACUUUACCGAAACGUGCUUACUACCAAUGCUUGCCUAACAUUUUAAUGAGCUGCCGUCAGGAGACAGCAAUAUUGAGACGUCGCACCUUCACGACGAAGGUCACAUACCAUAUAUGCAGGAAUGUGUUUUCAGAGCUGACUGAAGAACAGCUUGGCCUGUGGUAACAAGCUCAUUGCUGAUUGCAUCACAUCCGAGGGAGAGAAAGAGAGGGUGGUGUUUUUUCAUAGUGUGGCCACUGCUUCCACCAACAACUCUGAGAAAUGACUCUUGUACUGCUCCUGUUUUUGGCAUUGACAGCUAGCUGGACUGGACCUGUUCUAUGUGAAGACGAAGGAAUGGGAGAGACAGAGAACGUAUCAGAAGGCUUCAUUUCGGAAGUAUCAACUCAGACCAAUGCAGAAGACCCAGAGAAUCAUGAGAAUGCAGGCUCUGGAGAGGGCACAACUCAAGGUGCAUAUAAAGAAGAUCAAGACUCUACAGCAAGCCCUGAAAUAACUGUUAAUUCGGAAAGAAAUCUGACUGAUGAGAAAGGAACAGAUACAGAUUCUUUGCAGAAAGUCAUCAUCAUAUCUUUGGUUCUCACACUCAUCAUCAUCCCUGUUAUUGUGUGCGGUGUCGUGAUCUACUGCAGAAGGAGGACAAAAGUUGUGGACGAAAACGAAGAUCAUUAUUUGGAUAAUGAAGACGAUGAGAAGGUGCCAAUGCCCAUGUUUGAGGAUGAUAUUCCAUCAGUGAUGGAGCUGGAAAUGGAAGACCUAGAAAACUGGAUGUCGAAAGGCAAUGGCUAUGGAGCUGACGCUGUUUUCGCAGCACCCUCAUGAUGUGGCCCCUCAUGUCAGUUGUUGCACAGUACAUACCUGAGGUGUAUAUGGUAAAUGUAUUAGCAGUUCAGUGAAACUGGGUUUCAAGUUUCGUAAUGCUAAUAUAAAAACAUUGUGAGAAUGAUGUAAAAAAAAAAAUUAACACUGUUGUGUAAAGGAUUUUACCCUUUGGACAAAAAAAUGAGAAAAUUAUCAAUUAACAGAUUAGAAACUGUUCCAGUCAGUUGCACUGAAAAGCUAUUGGAUGCUGAUAUGGUUCUAUGUAAACUUUUGCAAAUGAAUUUUUAUUUUGAGUGCAACACAAUGACAAACCCUGUUGUUUCUUUAUGCCACAACAUUCUAAAAAUAUUUAUAUGGUGUAGUUUAAUUCUGUCAAUUAGCAUUUCAUUAUUCAAUGUAAAUAUAAAAACAAUUUUUUAAACUUUAUUUAUUUAUUCUUUACUUUUUUUCAGCAUUUUUCUUUUCUUGACAUUCUUAUCAUGGCCAUGUUUAUUUAUAUAUUGCAAUUUAAAUUAAUAACAGGAACUCAAAAGCCACCAAAAACAUUAUUUUAUAAUAAAAGAGGAACAGCUGAAAUUGAGGUUGUUUAAGUGCAUGCUGUAUGUAUUGAUAUCACCAAAUGUAUGUUUUCAUACAAAGAGGAAAUUACAGGUGUGUUUUAAAAAAAAUACUGAACCUAAAUUAGGUUCCAUAUUUCAAGGACAAAAGCUGCAGAGUAAUAAAGUGUUACUUUGGUGUA